GCUUUAAAAAUUUAACUAUAAAAUGGGGUAGCACCACCAGCAUUCUUCCACACUCCACAGAAACAAAACAAACUUGUAAGAAAAAAUGAGGUCCCAAAUGGCCUCUACUCUCACUCUUGCAUUAGCAAUCCUCUUCAUCAGUUUUGCAGCUGAAACUUCCGCAAACCAGUACUCUUAUUCCUCUCCACCACCACCAGUGCACACUUACCCCCAUCCAACCCCAUCACCAGUCUACCAUUCUCCACCACCACCAGUGCACACCUAUCCUCAUCCAACUCCAUCCCCAGUCUACCACUCUCCACCACCACCGGUUCACACCUAUCCUCACCCACACCCAGUCUACCACUCCCCACCACCACCACCACCCCACAAGAAGCAUUACAAGUACGCAUCUCCUCCACCACCACCAGUGCACACCUACCCUCACCCCCACCCAGUGUACCACUCCCCACCACCACCACACAAGAAGCCAUACAAGUACGCAUCACCACCACCACCACCAGUGCACACCUACCCUCACCCCCACCCAGUGUACCACUCCCCACCACCAGUGCACACCUACCCUCACCCACACCCAGUCUACCACUCUCCACCACCACCACACAAGAAGCCAUACAAGUACGCAUCUCCCCCACCACCACCAGUGCACACUUACCCUCACCCUCACCCAGUCUACCACUCUCCACCACCACCAUACAAGAAGCCCUACACCCCACACCCUUACCCUCACCCUCACCCAGUCUACCACUCUCCACCACCACCAGUUCACACCUACCCCCCUCACGUUCCCACCCCUUACCCUCACCCUCACCCAGUCUACCAUUCUCCUCCUCCUCCAGUCUCUUCCCCACCUCCACCACACUAUUACUACAAAUCCCCUCCUCCACCUUACCACCACUAGAUAGCCUAUACUUGGCAUCACACCACAUGGAUCUAAACAGAAAGUGUGAAAGCAAAGAAAGUCAUGCACAAAGAAGAUCAAGGGGGAUUCUUCACGUAUAUUUCGUCAAAUGUUUGAAUAUUAUUGUUUAGCGGGCUGCUUUUAUUUAUUUAAUUUGUGUAUUUUGUUGUAUUAGCCACAGCUGUAAGGCACUGCCCCACCAUGCAUGUGUCUGCAGUUGUUUGCAUGAAUUGUGUAUUUUUCAAAGUUCGGUUUUGCAUCAAGCUGACUGACAAGCCAAAUAAAUAUAUAUAUCCCCUAUUAUAGAAA